ACCGUUACUCCGUACAGAAUAUGAGUAAUUGCAUCCAUUUUAAAUUCUGCAUGGAUUUUUAAAAAUUUGAAAGAAAUGUACGAUGAUAGCAAUAAUACAAUUAAAGAUGCUUUCCAAGAACCUCGGAAGAAAUUUUGGCUGCGAUCAAGAAAACGUCCGAAAAGUGAUGCUAUCAGUGUUAGUUCAAUGGACAUAUCUAUUGAAUCAGAAAUGGGAAAAAAGAAAAAGCGAAGGAGAAUUACAGAAGUGGCCAGCAGCAUUUUUUCUUCUUCUUCUUCUACUAUAAGUACCAAACAAGGAAGUACUCUUCACAGAUCUUUUACAAUUCAACCAAACACAACAGAUUUGUCAUUUGUAGAUAAUGAAACAGACACAGGAACAUUAAAAAGAAAGCAUAAAGAAGACAUUGAAUGUACUAAUAACUUUACUCUUAGGAGUUGGGUACUUGAUAUAGCCAAAACAAGUACCAAAGAUAAAUCUAAUUAUUCUUUAAGUCGAAAAGAUGUUAAAAAACAAGAAGCAAUUUAUGAAUUAUAUUGUGGAGAAAAUGUAUUCAUUAAUGAUUUGUGCAUUCUUAAAGAGUAUUAUUAUGAACCACUGGUAUCUACUGGUAUUUUUACUUCUGAUGAGUUAGUAACACUUUUUAAUGAUAUAACACAUCUUAUUGAAAUACAUAGCAGAUUAAGGGAUGAAUUGAUUGAUCUGAGAGAUCAGUAUGGAUAUACAGAUGCUGUUGGAUCCACAUUAUUAAAUUGGAUUCCAACAUUAAUAAAACCAUACUUGGAAAGAUGCAGAACACAAAUAUGGGCAAAACAAUUACUGGAUGAAAAACGGUUGACAAACAAACGUUUUCAGUCUUUCCUUAAAAAACGUUUAGAAUCUCCCCAUUCAGUUGAUUUAUGGACUUAUAUAGAUGUACCAAGGUCAAGAAUUGUUAAAUAUCCUUUAUUGAUUAAGGAAAUAAUUAGGCACACUGCUGCAACACAUGUAGAUCAAGCAUGUUUAAAAGAAGCAUAUAAUAUGUUAUCCAAUUUACUUAAAGAUAUAGAUAAAACUAUGGGCAAUGCAGAAUGUAAAUUAGCUCAGUCGAAAAUUAAUGUAAAAUCGGACUAUGAUCCUACCAAGUGCAUUGAAAAUGCAACUCAGUUAAUCACUCAAGGGCAGCUCAAAGAUGCAAGAGGAAUGAAAUAUCAAUGCUUCCUUUUUGAUACUGGCUUUGCUAUAACUCGUGGUACAAGAUCUGUGAGUAAAAAGUACAAUUUGUUUUUUCCUAUAAUAUCUAAAGAACAGAUUUGUAUAAGUACAGAUGAAAAAUCUAUUAUAAAUUUUGGAUUUAAAAUUGGUGAUCACAUUUUAAUGACGGAAGAUGUACAUGGAAAAAGACACUGGAUUGAUUCUUUUAAUAAAGUUAAUCACAACCGUAUUCAUUCAUUAGAAAAUGUAAUUGAUACUAGUGAAAAAGAAAAUCAGCAAAUUUUGUCACCAUCAAAAAUAAAUCACACUACUAGAUUAUCUAUAAGUAAGAUGAAUGACAGUCACUUUUCUUUGACACUAAAGAAAAGUUUUUUAAAACAGAAACGUAACAGCAUUGGUUACAUUUAAUAUUAACGAUUUUACAUUCCAUACGAAUAUAAGAAUAUUUCUUAUAUUCUUAUACUGUGUUCAGCUGUAAAUUUUUAUAAAUGGUACAUAAUACUGAAAAUCUGUUUUAGAUUUUUGUACUAAAGUCAUUUUGUUGUGUGUUUGAUUCCUAUUUAUAAAAUAUUUUUCAAUCUGUUAUAAAAAAUUACAUUCCAUUUUUCGUACGAUUGAAAGGAACGUAAGUUUAUAUUAAUAUAUGUACUUAAUGUAAAACAUAUAUA